AUGCCGUUCGAUUCGUUGACUAUGGUUCCUCGGGACCUAAAGGAGGCCAUUGACUGGCUGCUCGCCACGAAGGUCAAUGAGGAUUCUAGAACCUGGUGGUCUAUGGGCCUGGGUCUUACCCGUAUGUACGAACGCCAGCCUGCUGCAGUGAAGAUGUUACCGGCUCUUGAGGUUAUAAAGCAGAUAACCAAGGACUUCUUGGAGCGAAAAGAGAUCAGGAACCAGAAGUUCGUUAGAAGUGUGUUGGAUCGGAUCAAUAAGCCCUCGAGUAAUACUACCGGCAACGACCCUCAAAGCCUAAAGGUGCAUGUCGGAUCGGCCAGGGGUGUCGGCCCCAGGACCCUGGCAAGGAGCGCCUGCAAAGCGCUGUAUGUUUGCGAUAUGUUCUUGGAUGAUAUAAAAGACCACGAGAAGUAUAGGUCUGCUUACGCCUCAGAUGUGACAUGGGAAGAAUCAUGUGACGAAUAUCCGGAAGCUUGCGCGGUGGUCCUCGUGGGAAUCGCGCCGAUCCUAUACGUUGGCUUACGUUCUUUGAAGGAAGCAGCCAAAGCUGCAGUAGAAGCAGGACCGGGUUCAAAGGAGGAAAUACACUUGGCGAAAGUGAUGAAAGCCGUGGGUUACACAGUGCCGCAAUGCCGUAGCGACUUAACUUCUCUCGACAUCCGCAAGGCGUUGAGAGGUCUGGAUGUACCAAUGUUGGCCGUAAUCUACGACUUCUCUGGAUUCUGGGGGCUGUAUUGA